GCGGGGAAUGUCCCGGGUGGAGCUGGCGGAGUCGCGCGCUCUGCUCCACCCGACGCGGCUGUGUGUGCUGGGCCUGGCUCGCGGCGAACCGAGAUGGCAGAGCAGUCGGACGAGGCCGUGAAGUACUACACCCUAGAGGAGAUUCAGAAGCACAACCACAGCAAGAGCACCUGGCUGAUCCUGCACCACAAGGUGUACGAUUUGACCAAAUUUCUGGAAGAGCAUCCUGGUGGGGAAGAAGUCUUAAGGGAACAAGCUGGAGGUGACGCGACUGAGAACUUUGAGGAUGUCGGGCACUCUACAGAUGCCAGGGAAAUGUCCAAAACAUACAUCAUUGGGGAGCUCCAUCCAGACGACAGACCAAAGUUAAGCAAGCCUCCGGAACCUUAAAGGCAAUGUUUCAAGGAAACUCUUAUCACUACUGUUGAUUCUAGUUCCAGUUGGUGGACCAACUGGGUGAUCCCUGCCAUCUCUGCAGUGGCUGUCGCCUUCAUGUAUCGCCUAUACAUGGCAGAAGACUGAAUACCUCCUCAGAAGCCAGCACAGGAAAACCUGCUUUGGUCACAGGAGAAAAGAAGCCAUUGCUAACUACUUCAACUGACAGAAACCUUCCCUUGAAGACAAUGAUUUUAAUAUAUCUCUUUCUCUUUCUUCUGACAUUAGAAACAAAACAAAAAGAACCGUCCUUUCUGCGCUCACAUUUUUCGAGUGUGCCUUUUUAUUCAUCUACUUUAUUUUGAUGUUUCCUUAAUAUGUAAUUUACUUAUUGUAAGCAUGAUCUUUUAAAAAUAUAUCUGGCUUUUAAAGUA